GACUGUCAAAAAACUAGUUCAACUCAUAGAAAAAAUGCAAUAAAUUUACGAAAGCUGCAGUUAAAAUGUUCAGCUAUUGCUCCAAGUGACCCUUCAAGUGAUAUGAAUGGGGAAAGCCAAUUCAAUAAAGAAUUUAUAAGAAACCUGAACAAAAGAGUGACAAAAAAAAGGGGACAGAAAACUGCUGAAUAUAUAGUAAAAUUUGUAGUUUCAUUUGUCACAUACAGUCAAGAAAAAGAAAGAGAAGAAGCUUCUUCCGAUGGAUGUGUUAAUGAGGAUCCAGAUGAUUAUAAUCUUGAGAAUUCAUUAUCGUCAAGGUUUACUGAAUAUUUGCUUCGCUAUUUAUUGCAAGGUGUUAAAGCUAAAGAUAAAGUUGUAAGAUAUCGUGUUUGUCAACUGAUUAGUUAUCUUAUUAAUUUAUUAAGAACACUUGACGAUGAUUUGUUACAAGGUGAUGAAUUGUCGGGCGAUGAAAUAACACAAAAACUAUUGGAAAUUAUGCAAAAUGAUUCCAGCCCAGAAGUUAGACGUUCUGUACUCAGUAACCUUGAUCUUACUGAAACAACUUUACCUUUUAUUCUUGAACGAGCAAAAGAUGUCGAUUCACAUUGUCGUCGCUCUGUAUAUCAAAUAAUGGAGGGAAUCGGUGAUUUUCGAGCUUUAUCAAUUAAUGAUCGAGAAAAAUUAUUAACUUGUGGAUUGAAAGAUAGGUAA